CCUCUUCUCUUCACUCUCUUCUCUGUUCCUAUAGUGACUGAGGCGCUACAUUGGUGCUUUCAUUGUUCUUUCCAUGGCCGAAGGGACUCGUUUCAAGCAGAUGGACGAAGCGAUCAAGCUCCUCCAGGAAUCCUCCUCGACUCAUGGGGAGCAAAUGAAUUCCCUUCAAUCCACCCUUGACAAACACAAGACAACGUUGUCCGAGUUGGUUAUGCGCCUCACGGUGAUGGAUGGCCACGUGGAACAGUUUCUGCGUCCUCCUCCGGCCACUCUUCUUUCACCAUACCGGACUUCUUGUUCCUCGCAGGCUGGCCUCCUUCCAGCACCCACUCUCCACCCUCUCCAGCCACAACAGCCACCGAUCUAGAUGUGAAUGAUCAGACUUGACUUCCCUCGCUUAGACGACACCGACCUCUUGGGUUGGAUCUUCAAAGCGGAUCGGUUCUUCGACUAUCAUAACAUGGUGGAUCCGCAACAGCUUCAGGUUUCCUCCUUCCAGGUGGAUGGUCCUGUAUUGCAAUGGUUCCAGUGGAUGCAUCGUGAGGGUCAGUUCACCACCUGGUCGGCAUUCACUCGGGAUUUGGAAAUCAGAUUUGGUCCAUCGGAGUUUGAGGACCAUCAGGGAGCUAUUGCAAAACUCACUCAAUCUACUACGGUUGCUGAUUAUCAGUCAUGGUUUGAGACGUUGGCAAACAGAACCUCCAAUAUUACAUCGGCAUUCCUGGUUAGUUGUUUUAUCUCUAGUGUACGACCAGACAUCUGUUGUGAGGUAUUGGCCUUUCGACCUUCCUUGAUGGCCCACGUAGUGGGUUUGGCUCGCCUCCAAGAAGCCAAGCUUCUUGAUGGUCGUCGUUCGUUUUCUCGCCUCCCACCUCCGGCACGCCCUCUACUGUUACCUGCUUCUUCAUCACCAUUGCAUUUUCCUAUUCGUCGGUUCACCCCCAUGGAUAUGCAGAACUGCCGUGAGCAAGGCCUUUGUUAUAAUUGCAAUGAACGAUUUGUUUCCGGCCACAGGUGCAAGACACGCCAACUAUUUCUUCUGGAAUACAAGGAAGACGCGACUGAAACAGAGCUAUCAACCGAUUAUGUUGAGGCCUCUGAUGCCCAGAUGCUCUUCAAUCAGGAUCUUUCUUAUCACGCUCUCACCGGCCAUUCCUCACCAUCAACACUGCGGUUUACCGAUUAUGUUGUUGGCUCUCCUAUUCAAGUUCUCAUAGAUGGGGGCAGUACUAAUAAUUUUAUUCAAAGCAGGGUCACCACCCCUCUCGGUUUGGCUAUUGCCGCCAAUAGCCAAAUCGAAGGUCUCUGUUCUUGUUGGAAAUGGAGAACGGUUAGUUAGUGAAGUGCAACGAGAGUCUUGCUCAAGGCUGAUCCUCCCUCAACUCCUCCACCACUGCAGUUCCACCACUUCCGACGUAUUAUGGACACAGGUUCUUGUGUGGCUCUAUUUCACUUAGCAGUCCAUAACACCACGACAACACUGCCCACCUGUGAUGACACCGGCCUCCAACAGCUAGUACACUCCUUCAAUUAUGUGUUCACACUUCACAGUUCCUCACGGGUUGCCUCCCCCUCGGGACCAAGACCACACCAUUCCCCUGCAACCUGGUUCCCAACCCGUGAACGUCAAACCCUAUCGGUACCCCCACUUUCAAAAGUCCAAGAUAGAGAAGUUGGUCUUGGCUAUGCUGGCCGAUGGGCUCAAACGCCUGAGCACAAGUCCCUUUUCGUCGCUUGUGCUUCUUGUUAAGAAGAAGGAUGGUACAUGCAGGUUUUGUGUAGAUUACCGGGCGCUAAACGUUGUGACAAUCAAGGAUAGAUUUCUGAUCCCCAUGGUGGACGAGCUUUUGGAUGAACUCCACGGUGCCAAGUUUUUCUCCAAGUUGGAUUUAUGUUCCGGUUAUUACCAGAUCCGUAUACAUUAUAGCGACAUUCAUAAGACCGCGUUCCACACUUAUGAUGGCCAUUUGUGUUCCUCGUCAUGCCAUUCGGAAAAUAAUUCUCUGUUUUUCUCAUCCCUGUUUUUCCUUGUUUUGCUACCUGCAGAA